AUGACCAAGAUUUUCCUGACUGGUGUGACGGGCUAUAUUGCUGGCGACGCCUUGGCGACCCUGUUUGCAAAGCACCCAAACCUCUCCUAUUCUGCAUUAGUUCGCACGAGGGAAAAAGCAGAGCAGGUCAAAUCCCAGUACCCAAACAUCCGUAUUGUUCUCGGCGAUCUCGAUGACUCGGCUCUGCUUGAGAGAGAAAGUGCCGCGGCGGAUAUCGUGCUUCAUGCUGCAGACGCUUCAGACCACGCAGGUGCUGCAAAGGCAAUUGCCGCAGGUCUAGUAGCCGGCCACACGAAAGAGAAACCUGGCUACUGGCUACACACAGGAGGAACCGGGAUCUUGACCUUUGCAGACAGCGACAGUGGUAGCUAUGGUAACAAAAGCGAAAAAGUAUACGACGACUGGGAGGGGGUCGAAGAACUCCUCACACUGCAUGACCAUGCUUUCCAUCGGAAUGUAGACCAGCUCGUACUGGAGGCCGGGGCUAAACAUGCAGGUGUGCUUAAAACAGCUCUAGUCUGCCCGCCAACUAUCUACGGUCAGGGCCGUGGUCCAUGUUCGCAGCGUGGUCGACAGGUAUAUGCACUAGCCAACGUGACCCUGCGUCUGAAGAAGGGUCCGAUCAUUGGAGCGGGGCAGUCAAUCUGGAACAAUGUCCACAUCCACGAUCUCAGUGACGUAUAUCUGCUGCUUGUUGAAGCAGCCAUUUCAGGCCGGACUGACAAUGGUCUCUGGGGUGCCGGGGCUUACUAUCUUACCGAGAAUGGGGAACAUGUCUGGGGAGAAUUGGCACAGCAGACAGCAGAGGCAGCCAGAAAGCUGGGGUACCUGUCAGACGCAAAGUCCGAGCCAAUCGAUCUGGAAAGUGCCAAGGAAUACGCUGGCUUCGAGGCCGUGAGCUGGGGACUAAAUUCACGUGGUCGGGCACGACGUGCGCGUGAGAUUCUGGGGUGGAAGCCCUCGCGUCCGAGCCUGGUGUCUGAGCUACCAAGUAUCUUGCAGAGUGAAUGGCAGGCUUUGCAAUAA